AUGGCACCUGAAACAGCGGCACCCGACGAGUUCCAACUCUUUGACCUUCGGGUCGAAGUUGUUUGUCCGCCAGGCAAGCGAAUCAUGUGUGGGGCAAAGGAGGGCGACCAUUUUACCCUGAAAGGCGAGAUGUUGUACCUGCCUCCGGAUCAAGGAAUCAGCAUAUACAGCUUAGCAUCCGUACUGCCACUUCUCGCGGCCAAGCAGAGAGUCACCCACAAACAUGACUGGAUGACCAGCGACGCCUUGAUUGCUUGCCCUGAUCCAUGCUGCCCCUCUCAGCUAAAGAUCAUCCGAGAGGGAAUCCGAACUUUCCGUCAUUCUGAGACAACGGCUGUGCCCUUGACGGGAAAUUCAUGA